AUGCCGGCUUUCUCGCCCAGCCGCAUACUCAGGGCCACUCCUCACCAGAUCGAAACGCUGCGGACGCUCUCGCAAACGAAGCAGAACUGGUCUGACACGCUCGCCCUCCCGCGAUCUCAAUUUCCAGCCCGGCCCAGUCCCGAGCAGGUCGAAACAUACCGGAAACGAUGCGCCGAUGACCUUUACACCUGGCAGCGAGCAAUUCGCCCAACCGCGGUAGACACAGAUGAUGGUGUGAAGGACAAUAAUUUUGUACUUCACGAUGGUCCACCGUACGCCAAUGGCGCUGUCCACGUUGGACACGCUCUCAAUAAAGUGCUCAAGGACUUGAUGCUGCGAUGGGAACUGUCCAGAGGGAAGAGAGUACACUAUCGCCCGGGAUGGGACUGUCAUGGCUUGCCUAUCGAGCUAAAGGCUCUUCAGCAACCAAAGCUGCCCGCGCAACAGGCCAAAGCUUUGAAGGACACGCCUGGCGCAGAAGCACAGGCUGCAGCUGAUGCAUCAGUAACGAUGACCGCAACUGAGAUCCGAAAAGUGGCAAGGCAGCUUGCAAGCGACACAAUCGAGGCACAGAAGAAGAGCUUUCGUGGAUGGGGUAUCAUGGGCGAGUGGGAGAAUCCGUACACGACAAUGAGCAAAGACUUCGAGAUCAGACAGCUAGGUGUCUUUAGAGAGAUGGUGCGGAAAGGACUCAUAUCACGACAUCACCGGCCGGUAUACUGGUCACCAUCCUCACGGACUGCUCUAGCUGAAGCAGAGCUAGAGUACGACGACAAUCACAAAUGUACCGCUGCUUUCGUGAAGAUGCCUUUCGUCAGACUGCCAGAAGUUCUUCGCAGCAAUCCAGCUGUCAAGGCGGGAUAUGUCAGUGCUCUCAUCUGGACAACCACGCCGUGGACGCUGCCUGCCAACAAAGCCAUCGCGGUUAACGACGACAUUGAGUAUUCCGUUGUCGAAAUUGCGAACGACUCUGGCUCGUUCGAGCAGCAGGACCAAAUGUUGAUAGGCAAAGACCGUCUGGAGCAUGUCCUCUCGCAUCUUGCGGAAGGCUUGCAGACGAAGACAAUAAUUGAAACAGUCAGAGGAUCAGAGCUGUCAAAUGGCGCAGCUUGUUUCAAUUUAUUCACUGCAACUGAGUCGCCUAUAGUAAGAGCCGACUUCGUCACAGCGACUUCUGGUACAGGUUUGGUGCACAUGGCCCCUGGUCACGGCAUGGAGGACUAUCAAGUCUGUCAGCAGAAUGGCAUAGAAUCUGCAUUCGCUCCAGUCGACGAUAAGGGUCGAUACACUGCUGAAGCGUUUCCGGCGAGUGGUCAGAACGACUUUGAAGGUCUAGAUGUGCAGACAGCGGGUGUUAAAGCAGUGCUUAAAAUCUUGGCCGACCCCAGGAAGUAUCUUCCAAUGGGGGUCUACGAAUCAAGUGGUGUCUUGCUGCUUGCAGCGCACAAAUUUGUCCACAAGAACCCCAUCGACUGGCGCACAAAGAAACCGGUCAUAGUGCGUGCUACCGCUCAGUGGUUCGCUGACACUUCUGCGAUCAAGGAUCGAGCGCUGAGAGCCCUGAAAGAUGUCCAAUUCAUUCCGGAAAGCGGCAAAACACGUCUGAGAAGCUUCGUGGAAGGCCGUAGUCAAUGGUGUAUCUCCCGACAACGUGCCUGGGGCGUACCGAUUCCGGCUCUGUAUCAUGUGGAGACUGGCGAGGCCUGCAUCACAGAUAAGAGCAUCGAACACAUCGUUUCAGUAGUGGAGCAGAAAGGCAUUGACGCUUGGUUCUCAGACCCUGCAGACGAUGCUACAUGGCUGUUUGACUCUCUUGAGCCUGGCAAAUGGGUCAGAGCAACAGAUACAAUGGACGUGUGGUUUGAUUCGGGCACAAGCUGGACCUCAUUGAGCCAACGAGACGAGGAUGUUCCAUUGAGCGACGUAUACGUCGAAGGAACGGAUCAACAUCGCGGAUGGUUCCAGAGCAGCUUGCUCACCUCUGUUGCGACCCAAGACACGGAGAGCCGACCCCUCGCACCCUUUCGCCUGUUGACGACCCACGGCUUCGCUCUUGAUGGAGAGGGUAAGAAGAUGAGCAAAAGCCUUGGCAAUGUCGUAUCUCCGGAUGAGAUCCUGUCGGGUUCUCUGGUCCCCCAUGCGAAAGGAAAGAACAAGGGGAAGUCAUUACCACCGCCGCCCAGCAAACAGGCCCAGCAGGCGAUGAUGGGCCCGGAUGUGCUGCGACUCUGGGUCGCAUCAUCCGACUACACGCGCGACGUUUCGAUUUCGCAGCCUGUCUUGCAGAGUAUCCAGCAAGCGCUUCAGAAGUAUCGGGUCACAUUCAAGUUCCUGCUCGGAGUCCUUCACGACUACCCGGCGCCCACGCCGCAGCAUAGUCUGCUUUCUGAUUUGGACUUUGCCGACCGCGUUGUGCUAUGGAGACUGCGCAAGUGCAGUGAGGCCGUUUACGAAGCGUACCGCGACUAUCGCUUUUACGCUGGUAUCAACGAGGUCAACAAGUUCGUCAACAAUGACCUGAGCGCUUUCUACUUCGAGAUCAUCAAAGACAGACUGUACACUGGAUCCACGGCGGUUCGACGACACACGCAGACCAUACUCGUGUACGUCUUGCACGGGAUGAUGAAGAUGCUGGGUCCUGCAACGCCACAUCUGUUAGAAGAGGCCUGGGAGUGGAUGCCUCCAGCCAUGAAAACGCACAACGUAGCAGAGAUUGAGGCAGAUAUGGAUCUGCAUCCUCUGCGUCAGGUAUGGAAUCAACCUUUCCAGGCUGGAGGCUUCGGUCUAGACGACGAUCACCGACUUGAGGCUUCCCUCCAUGCUUUCAGAAAAGUAAGCUCUGCGGUGAAGAUUGCACAGGAAGAAGCAAGGUCUGCUCGGCAUCUGGGGAGUGGUCUCGCCUGCGAAGUUGCAAUUCAUCUAUCUCAGAACGCCGAAAAGCUCGCGACAGACUUGACGUGGCUCCGGCGCGAUGAACUGCCCGGCCUCCUCGUCGUCAGCGACGUGCAGAUUUUGUCAUCGGGAGAAGAAGAAGCUACGCGUGAGGCAGACUGGCGAUAUGAGCAGCCGUUUGAAUUCGCAAGCCGUGGGGGACAGGUCACCGGCAAAGUUGUCGUGCUUCCGCCGAUCGGGGAGAAGUGCGUACGAUGCUGGAAGUAUACAGCCGAGGAAGCUAAUCUGCCUUGCGCUCCGUGUGUAGAAGCUCUGGUGGAAGGGGGCAAACUUGUGUAA